UAUUGAAAAAUGGUUUUCGUUUUCACUAGGGAUUGGAAAGAGCAUUUCAAUUAAAAUCCGGUCAUCGGAAUCGGAAAGUCCCACUCAAAAAAAGAAAGGGGUAAGGUAUCAACACGCACCCAAACAGACUGCGGUCUCCCGCAUAUUGAUUGACAGCGAAAGAUUGAAGAAUCUAAGAUGGUUUUCUCCAAUUACGGUGCGAAAUUUUAUGUGAUGAUAGUUUGCGCCGUGUUUUUACUCACUUCCGAUCUAGUUCUUGCCAAGUCUCGAACCCCCAUCUCUGACGCGGAGACUCGACAGAAGAAAAAUGAUUGCUAUGCAGACAUUGAGAGCGGAUUGUGGGGUGAGCAAUGCAAGUCUUCGACUAUAGCUAAGGAGAAUUGUGCUUUACGAUGCCUUUCACCGAUUUGUUAUGAGCUCAUCUACGAGAGUGAUCCGCUGGAAGAAGGGGAGAAAGACUUUACUAGGAGUUCGGAGUAUAAAUAUUGCAUGCAUAGGGCAUCUCUCGGAGAAAGCUUAGAUGGCAUUAGAGGAUCAUUCAACCAUUAGAAUGUUUGAUGCUUCUCUGGGCAGUAGCAACAAAAGCACUUGUCAUCAUAGUAAUAAGCUCUGCUGUUAAUCGGCUUAUGUAGCCUCUUUUAUCAUGUACAUUUCGUGAGCAGAUUCAGCACUCUGUACACCUCUUUUUCAUUGUUUCUUCUCAUAAGUAGAGAUUUUUUGUGAAGUUUGUAGCAGUGAUGGAUGGAUGUUCAGGCUUGAUUUUGCCAAUUAUAGUUGCUUGUGCCA